UUAAUUGUACCAACGUUAGACCGAAUGCUUACAAAAAGAGGUGGGAGUUGGUGCGUUGUUGUUGUUGUUUUUAAUCAGUUAGUCGCCUGAGAAGAAGCCUUUCAAGCCGCCAUUGUUUAUUUUUAAUCUGCACACCUUCCUUCUUCUGAAUUUUGAAGAGGAAGUAUGCAGAUUCAAUGCAAAGCCGUAACUUUUACAGUUUCUUCGAUUUCUUCAACCCCAAGCUACCAUUCCGAUCUUCGAUUACCUUACCGCCGUGGAAGCCUACACUCCCGAGUUUCAGGAGCUCGAAGUCUCUGGAUUUGAGAAGGUGCAUAAGAAGAAACUGCUCAAGUCCGAAUCAGGAGCUUGUUGUUGGUGGAGUCAAUGGAAACGGGUCGAUUCCGGAGGAGGAGGUGAUUGAGCUUGGAGUAGAGAAUGCAAUUUCUGUGGAAGUAGAAGUAGAAGAAGGAGGGAAGGUAGAUGAUAUAGCGAAUCAGAGUAUUUGGGGACAGAUGAAAGAGAUAGUCAUGUUCACUGGACCUGCUGCUGGGCUCUGGCUAUGUGGUCCCUUGAUGAGUCUCAUUGACACGGCUGUGAUUGGUCAAGGAAGCUCCCUUGAACUCGCUGCUUUAGGUCCUGCAACCGUCGUCUGUGAUUAUUUGUGUUAUACUUUCAUGUUCCUCUCCGUUGCCACUUCAAAUCUUGUUGCCACCUCUCUCGCUCGUCAGGAUAAAGAUGAAGUACAGCAUCAGAUAUCCAUCUUGCUUUUCAUAGGCUUGGCUUGUGGACUCAUGAUGAUGGUCUUCACAAGGCUGUUUGGUUCCUGGGCACUAACUGCUUUUACAGGGGCAAAGAACGCUGAGAUUGUCCCGGCUGCUAAUACUUAUGUUCAGAUUCGUGGUUUAGCAUGGCCAGCUGUUCUCAUUGGAUGGGUUGCUCAAAGUGCAAGUCUUGGUAUGAAAGACUCAUGGGGACCUUUAAAGGCAUUAGCAGUUGCUAGUGCAAUAAACGGCGUUGGUGACAUUGUCUUGUGCACCUUUCUUGGAUACGGUAUAGCAGGUGCAGCAUGGGCGACUAUGGUCUCACAAGUUGUUGCAGCUUAUAUGAUGAUGGACGCAUUGAACAAGAAAGGAUACAGCGCUUUCUCACUCUCUGUUCCUUCUCCAAGUGAACUCUUGAUGAUCUUUGGUCUCGCUGCCCCAGUGUUUAUAACUAUGAUGUCAAAGGUUUUGUUCUAUACGCUCCUUGUCUACUUUGCUACAUCAAUGGGUACAAGCGUCAUAGCUGCUCAUCAGGUUAUGCUUCAGACAUAUACCAUGUGUACGGUCUGGGGAGAGCCUCUCUCUCAAACUGCACAGUCCUUUAUGCCUGAGUUGUUAUUUGGAGUCAAUCGCAAUUUGCCUAAAGCUAGAAUGCUUCUGAAGUCACUGGUUAUCAUCGGCGCUACACUAGGAAUAGUAGUGGGAACCAUUGGCACAGCAAUUCCAUGGCUGUUCCCUAGCAUCUUUACACAUGACAAGGCUGUCACGUUCCAGAUGCACACGGUCAUAAUACCAUAUUUUCUUGCUUUGUUCGCCACUCCGAGUACUCACAGUCUUGAAGGCACAUUGCUGGCUGGACGAGACCUUAGAUAUAUCAGCUUAACAAUGACUGGAUGCUUUGCCGUUGCUGGGCUUGUAGUUAUGCUUCUGAGCAAUGGAGGAUUUGGGUUGAGAGGUUGCUGGUAUGCUCUCGUGGGAUUCCAAUGGGCUCGGUUUUCUCUAGCCCUCAUACGUCUUCUAUCGCGGGACGGUGUGCUUUACUCGGAAGAUACAAGCAGAUAUGCAGAGAAAGUGAAAGCUGCUUAGCUUAGAAAGUCCACCAUGUAACCUCACAAGAAAAAGUAUAAAGGGAAUAGAAAACAGCUUCACUAAUUAUGUUGUUGAUCAAAUGAAACUCUAUUUGAUAUUGUAUUCUUGAUGAACCAAAGAAAAAGGAAAAAUCUGUCAUACAAAGUGGCCAUGCA